AUGGAGGUCAGCACGCGAGUGGCGCCCGCAACGGCGUCGACUCCUCCCUCGACGCGUGCGGACCCUGCGACGUCAUUCGAUACCUGGAUGCUGCAGAAGCUUCGACUGGAAUGGAGCUCGCACGAGUUCGGCGGAUUAUUGACGCCUUCAAAACUCGCGGAGGCCCGUGCCAGCUUCCCUCACCUGGAGACGCCUAUUAAGGUUCGUCUCCUCCUGUCACUUCUGAGUGUCCGUCGUGAUGAAGCGGCUGGCAAGAAGGAGGUGGCCGCACUGCUGCAAUUGGCAGAUAAGGACGCCGAAGAGUGGGUGAAGGUCACUGGUGGCCUCAUCAAGCAAUUCCUAGUGCUACAGGGAGAUGGUCAGUCCAAUGACUCGUAUCUACACGCACAACUCGAAGCCACAGCUUCAAAAGUGGUGCAGACGUUGGCUGGUCCUCACAAGCGACGCAGUAACAGCUCGUCACACGCUGCAAUGGAUGACUUUUUCUCGCUGGAGAACGGCCUAUUGAACCCGUCGCUGCGUCCUCAGCUGGCUCCAACUGCAGCCACGCACUUCACAGUGAGUGGAGAGGACGACGACGUCAAUGGCAAGGAGAGCGAUGUGGGAGUGUCGCCUGUGAAGAAGCCGCUGCAUCGCCCCCAGAUGGCGCGACCAGAAGCGUCGUCUGCGACUUCUACGGCGUCAACAAGGUUGACACCGGCGGUGAAACCCCCGGUGGGCAAGAAGAAGAACUUGACGGAAUUAUCGUCCGAGAUCCGACGGAAGGCAGACGCUGGACGCUUCAAGCGACAGAGAAGUCGCAUCUCUAUGAUUGAUAUCAACGAGGUGAAGCAGAUCGAGUCGGAGAAAGCUCAGAAGGCGGAGGAACGGAAGAAACAGAAACUGGUGGCGAAGGAAAAGGAGAAGGAAAGGGCCAGGGAGAAAGAGAAGGAGAAGAACGCUGCAGCUGCGGCGGCUAGUAGUGCUGGCGAGAUUUCUGGAGCUGUGGAUGGCGCAGCUGCCCCAGCUGUCGUCAACGACGAACACGCUGCCAUUGCUGCCGAUAUCUUUGCGAUGCACCAACAACCUGGACCGGACGAGUCGAUGCAGCAGUUUUCUCAGCAGCAGCUCCAGGUUGAAGACGAUACCGAGGCCACUGACAUUGGUCAGAACACUGGUGGAGAUGAAUACGUACCGGAUGGAACCCAGGCGUUGUUGAACGCGGCGUUCCACUCCACCCAAGACAUCAUGAAGGAGGUUGUGAGUCAGCAGAAUCAACACAUUCAAGAACACCAACAAAUCCAACAGCAGCAGCUGCAGCCUCCCACGUACCAGGAUCUGUACCGGACUCAGCAGCAAAUGCAGAUGCACCAUUUGGCUCCUCCUCAGCAGCAGUAUCACCAGGGGUUCGAACCGGAGGAUGCCAGCAUCAACAACACAAACACGGCAGGAAUGGCCAUGGGAUUUGGGGGCUACAACUACGGGAGCACUGCAGGAUACUAUGGCGACCAGUUCGGUAACUACGGCAACGCGUUUGGUACAACAGGAUACGGCAAUUCUGCUAUGGGACAGCAGGACAACAGCAUGGGUCUGCCUCCUUUGGGCGGUCGCCAGUUGGGCUUCGACCCCACGCAGCAGCAACAACAGCACCAACAGCAAAACAACGGAGGAUACAUGGGCGGCUCAGGGGAAUACUGGAGAUAA